ACAAUGACGUCAUCAUAUGAUAUCGUAAAAGUGCAGUGGACAACGUGCGAAAACUGUGACAAUUAACCGUGCAAGGCGUGAUUCUCUACAAAAUAUUUCAAGUUUCCAAACAACAUGGCCAAAAGUUUACGUAGCAAGAGUAGACGUAAGCUGAAGGCAGUCAAACGAAAGAGGAAUGCCCCCAAGGAGCUGAUCAGACUGAAAAAGUGCUUAAAGUUAGAAGGAUAUGAUAAGGAGGAUCCUUCUAAAAGGAGAUAUAAAUUUGAUGACAUAAAAGAGUUGAUCACCAAACCUGAUGUGAACCAAGCUACAGGGAAAGACUAUGAUGUCCGUUACUUACCUGGCGCUGAUGUGAGGAUGGUCACAGAGGUGAAGAAGAAAAGAAGAAGAAGGAGAGGAGAAGAAAGUGAUGAUGAUGAAGAGGAAGAAAAGAUGGCUGAUGCUACUGCAGAAGAAGAUACUACUGAAGGCAUGGCUGUUGACGCCAAAUGGAAUCUGACAAAGCUUCAGAAUGAGCAUGGUAACUACCCUGUAUGGAUGAAUAGUAGAAAUAUCAAGAAGAUGCAAAAUAAGAACUCUAAAGGGAAGAUCUUGAAGAAAGGCACAAAGAAGCAAGCAUGGUAGCCAGGCAGCCAUCCUGCUCAUCUCAGACUUGUAUUUUUAAAAGACUUUGAAAGCCCAACAAGGAUCAUGGAAGAAGAACCGUGUUUGGACUGAGGCUUGACCUACAAUACAACAACCCUCAGGAGAGAGAGGGAUAGCAUACUGGUCUCUGAUUUGAAGCUGCAAUGAAUCCAUGUCAAGUUCUGAGAAGCGUGUGGAUAAGAUUUCCACUCUUUGAUAGCUGGAUUCUAUUGAUUUUCCCAAAGUGUACUUUGAUCAUCAGAGGAGUUUGAAGAGUAUUCGGUACUCAACUACUCACAACUCUUAAGGCAGCAACAAAGCGUGUCUUGUACGCUCUCAACAUUCUUAAUGAUCCAAUUUCAACUAAUUAUGGGGAAAGUAAGAUCAUCUUGCUUGUAUAUCAAGAUGUGAAUGAUCUUAUAUUGUCAGGAGAGAAUGGAUAAAAUCUACCUCCUUAAAAUUUCCUUGCAUUCUAUGGGUCAAAUGGUUUGAGGAAUAUGAAGAUAAUAAAGGACACAAUUCAAAUUUAUUCAAAUUUGGGUUCCCUGCCCAACUGUUUCAAUGCUGACACGUACAUCAUACAUGUACAUCAUCUAGUCUACUCACAAGUCACGUCUCUCAACUUGUAUUAUCUCUUCACAGAAGGAGUAUUUGAAUCUCAUUAUCAUGGAUAUUGUUGCCCUUACCGUACAUGUACAGAGCAAACUAUAUUUUGGUGAUUGGUUCACUUUCAAAGCAGAUACAUUAUAGAUGGUCCACCUUAUGAUGAAAGAUAAUUAGUAAUCUGCUUUUAAACAAGGCAUGUCAAACGAUGUCAUGAAUGUUUCUUGUCUUUUUACAGUUAAGUCCAUUUCCACAACUUCAAAAGAUUUAUUGAUGAGUAUUUAACAAUUCAUGGGAUGACUCAUAGCCCGUUCCAUUUUCUUUUCCCUCUUUCAUUUAAAAAAAAAUGUAAGUUACAUGUAUAUUAUUAAAUAUUAUAAUUAUAGUAUAAUAAUUUCUGUGACAAACUGCUAAUGGUAUUUAACCCAUACAAGAAACCCAAAUGCAGUAAUUUGGUGUUGAUUACUUGUUUUCAUAUUUAUAUUGGUGAGUGUAAACAAAUAUUGAAUCAUAGAUACAUGUACUACAUUGGUCUAGACAUGGUAGAAGAAAGUAGAUACCUAGUCUGAAAUUUAAUCUUGAAUAUAAAAGAUUAUCAGUUUCUGAUUUAAUGAUAUCAGAAUAUUAACCAAGGAAUGAUGAAUUGCAAAGAGCUGUUCAUAACACUUUUUACCCAUGAGGUAAUUUCAAUAUUUUAAUAUUUCUUUAUCCUCACUUUCCUGGUCAAAUAUUGAAUAAAGAUUCAUAAACUUAUUAAAAGUCUGGAGACAGAAUAAACUAUGAAAAUCUGUUGAAUAACAUGACAUUUUUUAAAAGAUUAGCCUCAUUUGUAUUGGUGAGGUAUAAAUGCACUCGUACAUGUAAUUAAAAAAAUACAUACAUUUCAA